AUGGACAACAGCACGUACGUUGGCGGUCGGUUCCAUGCGCCGGCGCCCGACUUGUCCACCGGCGUCGUCAUCGGCAGUCGGCCCAGCAACGUGCUCGACUCGCAGCGUGACAUGGCCGUCCUCGGUGGCUCGGACCACGGUGCCAAGCCCGGCCUCUUCACAUGGGAGUCGGCCGCCCAUGACGUGGCAGCACCGGCGCCGCCGCCGUACCGCUUUCAAAACAAGUUUGAUACGUACCCGAUUAGCGAAAAGUCGUACGUGAGCAGUGACGUGCCGCCGUCACCACUCUCGGCGCAGUCGGACGCAACGGCGCCGCCGCGCGAAAUGAACGUGUGGGCCGCCGCGGCCGCCAACACCAACAGCUCCCGCCGGUACCACGCCUCCAACACGAGCAGUGGGCCAUCGAGUUUUGUCUCGGGGAGCCCGAACCCGUCGUUCGUCUCGAGCUUUAGCGGCUCGGAAAUGCACAGCUCGACCGACUUGGCCUCGAGCCGGUACCUCCGCACCAAGAGCCGGGACUCGAACGACAGCUUCGUGCUCUAA